CCUACCCAACCCCACUCCCGCAAGAGAUCCAGAAAUCAAUCCCCAUCCCGACGCAGGGUUCCGGCGAUCUCCCAGCCCCCGGCUCGAUGUCGUCGGAGCCGCCGCCCGCGGAGGCCGCCGAGGCGUCGGCCUCUCCCCCGAAGGUAUCCCCCGGUGGCGCCGGAGUCGGAGGCAUAGGCGGCGCCGCCCCGCCGGGGGCGGCCUCCCACGAGACGAACACGCUCUGGGUGGGCAACCUGCCCACGCACGCGGGCGAGGACGACGUCAUGGCGGCCUUCGUCCCGCACGGCGCGCUCGACUGCGCCCUCUCGCGCGCCGGCGCCCGCAGCUACGCGUUCGUGCUAUUCCGCGCCGUCGCCGAGUCCCGGGCCGCCCUCGAGGCGCUCCGCGGAUCCAGGGUGAAGGGCUCCGCCAUCCGGAUCGAGUUCGCGCGGCCGGCCAGAGCUGUUAGGAACUUAUGGAUUGGCGGAAUCAGUCCAGCAAUUUCAAAGCAGGAGCUGCAGGAGGAGUUUCAGAAGUUUGGGAAGAUUGAAGGUGUUGCAUUCUCCCGUGAUCAGACUUCUGCAUACAUCGAUUUUGAGAAGCUGGAAGAUGCGAUUUCUGCGCAUAGAGCGUUGAAUGGGACUGAGUUAGGUGGCAAGGAAUUGUGUGUUGAUUUCCAGAGGUCCAGGGGCAGAGCGGAACGGCCGGAAGCGGGCAACUUCAAUAGUAGAGGAUCCGUGCCUCCUGGUGAAAUGGGAGUUGGGCAUGUAAAGGCUUCUGCUGGAGUACGAGCGCGAGAAGCAGACCCUUCCAAUGUUCUGUGGGUAGGUUUUCCCAAUACACAUAAACUUAACGAGGAGGCACUUCGACGAGCCAUGGCAGCACAUGGUGUGGUUACAAACAUUAAAGUUUUUCCAGAAAGGCAAUAUGCUUUUGUGGAGUUUGCAACCAUCGAAGGAGCUUUUAAAGCCAAGAAUCUCCUAGAUGGUCGCCUUUUCAAUGAUAAUAGGAUUCAUGUUGUUUUCUCCAACAGUGGGCUAGCACCCAGUAAACUUGAUAACCUAACACCACCUGCUGGGUUACCUGGAUCUGACAUGUACAGUGACAGUCCGUAUGCCGCUCCUGAUUAUUUUGGUCCUGGUCGUGCCACUUCACAGGGUUAUGAUCCUCGCCAUGGAAGAUCAGGAUACUUGGACUAUGGUGCUGUGCCAGUACCUGGUGGUAUCCUUCCAGCACCUGAACAUGGCUCAUCUUUCUCGACUGGACGUUCUGCUCAGAAUGCAUUUGAUCCGAGAGAUGCCAAAAGGACGAGGAUGGAUGGUGGUGCAGACCGUUAUUAUGUAAGGGCAGGCAGCGAGGCAGUUCAUCCAGUUCGGUUCGCUCACCAGGAUGGUGUUGCGCUUGCUGAGGAGAGCUUAAGCCCUGUUAUUCGAAUCCAGGGCACGGUGCACCAAACUUCAUCCUUUGGGCACUUUUGGCGUGGCAGUAUCGCCAAAGGUGGAUCUCCUGUUUGUCGUGCUCGCUGCUUGCCUAUAAAGAAGGGCAUUGAGAUACCUUUGCCGGACGUUGUUAAUUGUUCUGCUAGAACGGGAUUAGAUAUGCUUGCAAAGCAUUACGGAGAUGCUUCAGGUUUUGAUAUUGUCUUCUUCUUACCAGAUAGCGAAGAUGACUUCGUUUCCUAUACUGAAUUUCUGCGCUACUUGGGCUCGAAAAGUCGCGCAGGGGUUGUAAAGGUUGAUUCAGGGACUACUUUAUUCUUAGUACCACCAUCAGAUUUCCUGACAAAUGUUUUGCAAGUUGAUGGUCCGGAGCGCCUUUAUGGCGUGGUACUGCACAUUCCACAAAUGUCCACUGCUGCUGUCCAGAGACCAUUGCUAACUGGACCAGAGUCACAGCCUUACUAUGGUAUGGUUUCAUCUAAUGACAACCACCACCAGGAUGCUCAGUAUCGAGGAUCUCUGCGUGAGGAAGCAGUUCAGUCAUCUCUAUCAAGUUUUCCUAUGAACCAAAUAGCAGGACAUCAAGCACAGGCUUCACUAAAGCCUGACAUAAUGGCUACGUUAGCUCAGCUUAUGCCAAAUGUGCAGUCAGCAGUUCCGGCAACUGGUCAGAUGGGUAGUCUUCAGCAACCGGGACAACAAGCUUCAGCAGCUCACUUGAGAAGCUAUGGGGGCAUGGCAGGUGCUCAGGAGCAAUUAACACAACAUACCGCUUACAAUCCUGAAAUGACUUUAAAUUUGCCACCGCCACCUCCAGCCCCUAGCCAUGCACCUAAUUCUGUAGGUAGCCAGCAGCAGUAUCAACCAGAGCCGUAUUAUGCAUCUCAAAACAACUACGGUUCGGUAGGUAGCCAUUCAAACCUCCCACUCCCUCCCCCGCCCCAAGUCAAUAAUGGUCCUUUGGCAGCAAACAACCAGGUGGGGGCAAACCCGAAUUUCUCCUCUCAGGUACAACAGCAACAAAAUGUUGCUUCUGGUUCUUCCCAAGCUCCUGAUGAGGCAGAUAAGAACAAGAAGUACCAGGCGACCCUCCAGUUUGCUCACAAUCUAUUGCUUCAGCUACAACGUGGAUCUGGAAAUCAACCUUGAUGCUAAGUUACUACUUCAGGUACUUUCGAUGGAAUGCUAGCUUCCCCGUCUCGCCUACAACGAACCGGCCCAUGAUGGUGCUGGUGGUUACCUGCUCCCUAUGAUGCAAUCAGUUGCUACCUACCUACCCAGACAAGAAACAACAAACGAGCGUCAAGUGUACCUCCCUUUUAUCUAGUCCCGUAUUAGACUUGUCAGAUAUCAAGAAAGAAAAAGACUUGUUUUAUUUUUCCAGUCUUGUACUUCAUGUUUUCUAGAUAUUUUAGCUUGGAACAUCGUAACCGUUUAUAUGUGUGGCCUAGUUGGCAUGACAUGCAUUAUGUGUUUCUUUUAUCAAAACAAAGGAUAUUUGUUCA